CCGGGACAGUCGUGCGGCGGCGGGUGAGCGGGCGCGCCCUCGCCCCUCCCGAGUCUGCUACCGCCGGGCUGGCAGCGCGGAGGUUGGGUUUUGGAGGUGUCCCUGAUGAAGUGACAAAUUCUGCCAAGUGCCUUUGAGGAAAGCUCUCUGGACCUCCUUAGGGGCCGAUAGAGAAGUGGACUCCCCAGCGGAAAUCAUGGUGGAAUUGGGACACGGCCCAGGCCUGGGCCUCCUGCUGCUGACCCAGCCCCGGAGGCGUUAGCAAGAGCCCUGCGCCAUCCAUCACCCCAAAGACCACCCCUCCUGCCAGGGGCCUGGAGCUGGCGAGUGACUAUGCGGCUUGGGCUGUGUGUGGUGGCCCUCGUUCUCAGCUGGAUGCAUCUCACUGCUGGCAGCCGGGGGAUCAAGGGGAAGAGACAGAGGCGGAUCAGUGCCGAGGGGAGCCAGGCCUGCGCCAAAGGCUGUGAGCUCUGCUCUGAGGUCAACGGCUGCCUCAAGUGCUCACCCAAGCUGUUCAUCCUGCUGGAGAGGAACGACAUCCGCCAGGUGGGCGUCUGCUUGCCGUCCUGCCCGCCUGGAUACUUCGAUGCCCGCAACCCCGACAUGAACAAGUGCAUCAAAUGCAAGAUUGAGCACUGCGAGGCCUGUUUCAGCCACAACUUCUGCACCAAGUGUAAGGAGAGCCUGUACCUGCACAAGGGCCGCUGCUACCCGGCCUGCCCCGAGGGCUCCGCAGCUGCCAACGGCACCAUGGAGUGCAGCAGUCCUGCACAAUGUGAAAUGAGCGAGUGGUCCCUGUGGGGGCCGUGCACCAAGAGGAAGAAGCUCUGUGGUUUCCGGAGGGGCUCUGAGGAGCGGACGCGAAGGGUGCUCCAUGCGCCUGGGGGCGACCAUGCCAUCUGCUCCGACACCAAAGAGAUCCGGAGGUGCACAGUGCGGAGGACGCCCUGUCCUGAGGGGCAGAAGAGGAGGAAGGGAGGCCAGGGCCGGAGGGAAAAGGCCAACAGGAACCCGAGCAGGAAGGAGAGCAAGGAGGCAGGCACUGGCUCUCGGAGACGCAAGGGCCAGCAGCAGCCGCAGCAGCAGCAGCAAGGGACAGUGGGGCCGCUCACAUCUGCCGGGCCCACCUAGGGACCCUCCUCAGCCUCGAGGCCCGUGCAGAAAGAGGGACGGAAGCUUUACUGAACUGGAGCCCUGGAGGGCAACAUGGACACACACUGCACACGUACAUGGACACACACACACAGCGACCCCCAUGUCCAAACAUGGAAUCAACAAACAUGCAAACGUGUGUGUGCACACACACACACACACACAUAAACACACAUACACACUCGAGGCGACCGGAAGACACUUCUAUGCCUUGGACAUCAUGAUAUGAACAGGGCAGGGAGGUGGACGGGUCAUCUCUGCCAGGAAGAGGCCCCGGCAGCACACACUUGGUUUGUGAUGCUCCCUGUGGACACGACGGAGAGAACAUUUCCCGGCGUCCAGGUGCAGCCUUUGCCGAGGGGAGCCUUCGGGAGGAGCCGGAGCACCAGCCCCCUGUGGCAGACAGGAGCCGAAGCGUGAGGACUGUUCUGCAUUUCCAGCGGUGUGACCUGAUCGUUGUUACCCAUCCAUGAUCUACAUCAGGGCUGCCC